UGCCGUCACGCCACCAAAUCCUCUCCGGAGAUCGUCACCUAAUCUUGUACUGCAGCCUAUGCGGAGUACGACACCGCCAGGUGAUCGGUCGGAUGUGGACCACUUGGCGCCAGGGUGUGCUUCCUCGCCAUCUCGCAUACCUGCGCUGCCUUCUCUGUCGGCAUCAUCACCAGCUGCUCCCGGUGUUCGACUUCGGGGCGACGAGUCGUCGGCGUCUCUGGAGACAGGGACUCCGAGGGUGGAUGCUACGGAUGAGGUGGUGACUCCGACCUCGGCUUCGUCGCGGCUGUCUAGCCGUCGGGCAGUGAUUUUUUCCCCGGCGGUGAGGGCGGAUCACGACCUUGCGAUGGCGGAGCUUCGAGCGCUGUCGUCCGCGCAUCCUUCGCCGGGCAGCGUGGAGGCCUCUUCGGCGACCGAGGAGGAGGAGGGUACGCUGCCGCCUACUCAGUCUGCUUCGGCUACGCCGGAGCCAUCUACACCACCUUGCAGGGCCUCCGAGACGCUAGCUGCCACUGUGUCUACGACUACAUCUCUCAGACGCAGUGGCCGCCAUUUAGUUAACGCUGACGGGGCUUCAGCUUCUGACGAGGAUUCCAUGCGGAAGGCCAUGCGUAGAACGGCAUCGCAGAACCUCGACUUUGAUGGUUAUUCAUAUAUGCUCGCGAUGGCUCCGUAUGUGGUCUAUCCUGCAACAGUCGGAGGAUAGAGACCUUUUUAUGAUGGCGUCUACACGGCUGGAGUGUUCGGCCAGGGAGAUUUUCUACCCCCAUGAAUGGCGGUGUGAUCUUCGAAUUGGAUUGGCCCCGCUAUAGGCUUGUUUUAUUUUUUACUUGUGGCUGUUUAGCCAUAUUUUUUUAUCUAGACUUCUUCAAACUUUUGGCUGUGUGCAUCUAGCUAUGUAGAGGCCGGGUGAUCUUUGAUGCGUCUGUAUCAACUCGAUAUUUCAAUUCAAUGAAAAGCC